AUGAAGAAAGUGACAAAUUCAAGUUUAUUAAGCGCACGAACACCACAGGAACCGUGGCGCUUUACGGAAACAACAUCUCCAUCUCCGGCUGAACCGAUUCCAAGAAGUCCGUUCCCUAACCAGAAAAGGGAACUCUGA